AUGGACCUGUGGCUUUGGGUGCUUUACUUCCUUCCAGUAGUCGGAGCCCUGAAGGUCCUUCCAGAAGUGAAGAUGGAGGGAAUGCUGGGAGGGUCAGUUACCAUCGAGUGCCCACUUCCUGAAACGCAUGUGAGGACAUACCUGUGCCGGACCAUUGGCGAGUCUGGAAGAUGCACCACCGUGGUGUCCAGCAGCAAAUUCGUCAGGGAGGAAUUCAAGCACCGAGUCACCUUGGAGCAGCAUCCGGACAGGAAUCUGUUCCUGGUGGAAAUGACGGAGCUGGCCAAGAGCGACAGUGGGAUCUAUGCCUGUGGGGUGGGCCUGAACACAGACCAAGGCAAGACCCAGCAGAUCACCCUGACUGUUCACAGCGUUUACAAGCCAUCCUGGGAAGAAGCACCGACGCCUGAGCCUCCAGCAUGGUUUCAUAGGUUUCUACAAAUGCACAUGCCUCCUUGGUUCCAGAUGCCUGCAUAUGCCAGUUCUUUAGAAUUCAUAUCCAAAGUAACCACACCAGCUCAAAGGACCGACUCUCCUCAAGCACACCAGGCCUCCCCCACCCCCUCAGUCACCCACAGCCCCAGAGUUUCCAGGGCAUCUUCAGUGGCAACUGCAGAGCCCACCAUCUUCCUGCCAUCCAUCACAACCUCAAAAACCUCAGCUCGGAAGGGGCUGCUCAGGCUCCAGACGGCCAGCUACAACCACCAAACCUGGCUUCACAGACAGAGAGCCUCCAACCAAGGCCCGGGCACUGUGUCUGGGAUAGAAGACCAAGGUGUCUUCGUCCUGAUCCCCACCAUCCUGGGUCUCAUACUCCUGGCGCUUCUGGGGCUGCUGGUGAAAAGGAUCGUUCAAAGACGGAAAGCUCUCUUCAGGCGGGUCCGCCGACUGGCCGUGAGGAUGCGCACGCUGGACGCCUCCCAGCCGGCCCUGUCCCGGCGGCCGCGCGUGUGCCGGCGGCCGCGCACCCCGAGCAAUAUCUACAGCGCCUGCCCUCGGCGGCCCCGCGGGGUGGACGCGGCUGGUGGAGGGGCGGCACCGCCCCCAGGCCCCGAAGCGCCCGCAGCCUCCGCCCCGCCUCAGAUAAGCCCCGCCCCGUCGCAGGUACCUGCAAUUCCCUGGCCCCAUGUCCCAUCUCUGAAGAUCGACUGUGAAUAUGUAAGCUUCUGCCACCAGCCUGCUGCCAAGGGAGAGGACAUGGAUUCCGAUGACUACAUCAAUGUUCCCUGCCUGACUCACCUCUCCAGCUGUGCCCCUGGGCCCAGACCUUGGUGUCAAUGA